AUGUCAGGCCGUGACAGGUUCGACAAUAGCCCUUUCUUCCCUAUCCUAGAGGGAAGAAGCAACUGGAAAGAAUGGAAUCAACAUCUUGAAGCAGUGCUCGGUGCACAACACAGCAAUUUACUCGAGGUCAUCACUGGCGUGGAGAAAAGGCCCGAAGACAUAGUUGCUGCAGCUGCAGCGAUUGAAACCAUGAUUAAAGCCAAGCUACCAAUCAGCAAAGAGCCCCAAACUCUCUCUCCUGGUGACUUGCUCGGAGACACCCCUGAUUUUGAAAAGUUACCCCCUUCCGCCGUUUCCUCGCCCGUGUCUGUCGCCAGAGGCAAAAAGCACCAGACAAUUUGGGAGGCAAAGAACAAGAUGGCUUUAGGCUACCUUACCUCAACCAUCCAUGACAGAAUGUCUCAUCAUAUCGUCAAAGGUCGAACUGCACACGAGGUUUACGAGUCUCUUCGCGAGGUCUGUGAAGACAGCAGCUUACUGAGCCCAUGCGUCAAGUCGAUUCGAUGGACUUCCUACAAGUACCAACCAGGUGAAAGCUUUUCCAAUUUCCUUAACAAAUGGCGUUACUACCUAGCCGAGGUUCGAGCAUGUUAUCCUUCCGACCAACAAGUGCCACCAAUUCUUUGCUACCACAUCUUCAUCGGAGCCGUCAGCAACAACCCUGCAUGUGUUCCAUGGCUGAACACGCUCUCUUUGGAUAGGAAGACCUUCCAAGAGCAUGACCUCAUUACCUUGUACACAGAGUUUCUCACAGCCGAAUCCCAUCGCACGGGUCGUGACAUAGACCGACCAAGCAGACCAAGCUCCAGCGGAACGAGUAAUAUGCCACCGUUCUACACUGACAGGGGUGGUCUGCACGAAAGCAAAUAUUCAAGGAAGGAAGAAGAGCCAUGGUGUGCUAUUCACAAACGCCGAGGCCACACCACCAAGGAAUGCUGGAGCAAUCCUAGAAACCCACUCAGCCGCAAAUCGAAUGUUUCCUCGGGUCAGUCGGGGCCCCAAGUGGGUUCCCAAAUCAAGCCCCAGCCACUGAGACCGGCUGUCUCCAACAACGAGAAGCAUUUCCAUGCUUAUCUAUCUGACGAUGGCUCUGACACUAGCCCUACAACCGAGCCACGUCAACCACAACUUACCCCUCUCGAGCAGAGGGCUGUGAACAUGCGCGGUGGCUGGACCAGAUUCAUGGAGGGUUUUGGAUUGAAGACCAACUCUAGCAAGGACAUUUAUGAAGGUCAGCAAAUUGCGACAGCUCUGGUUUCUCGUGGUGUUUCUGAGGAGAGCGACGAUUGA